AUGCGUCGUUUAGGCACCGAAAUAGUUCAUGAGUCUCACCUUGGAGUGAAGUACCUGGACCGGUAUGAGAAGCUCCACUACCUGGGCGAGGAUGUGGACCGGGCCAGCGACGACGACGAGGAGACGCGCCACCGCCGCUGGUCGGCGCGCGCGCUCCACUCCGUGCCGCUCACCUACAACCACUCGCAGCACAACGUGGCAGCCCCUCUUGGCGGUGUUGGGGGUCGAACAACCUACCCCAUGGCGGGCUGCGGCGGCGCCGCCGCCGCCUGCCGCCUCCGGCCGCCCGCGGGCGUUGGGCGCUCGGGCCGCGACCGCUCGCCCCCGCCGACGACGACGCCGGCGGCUCGCCUCGCCCGCGCCUCACUCGCUCUCGGCGGCCGCCCCGUUCCGCCUUGCCCCGCCCGCCCGCCCGCGGCGGCGGAGGAGCUGGUGCGAGAGCGGCACGCUGGUCUGUCACGUGCUUUCGAUGCCGAGCGGCGGCCCGCCGCCGCAUGCGGUGCGCCCACGCAGCCAUAG